AUGGCCAGACCAAGUGACAGGAUCUCGUUGGAAUCGACAACAUGGACGACAGAUGUUUGCACAACAAAACCAACACCGCCUACAUUUCGCGACGGGAACCUUCUCUCCAUGAAUGACGAGUGUACCGUCAUUCAUUUGUCGUACGUGGCUCCUUCUGCACUUGGUCUCGUGCAGAGCAAUCACGUGAAAAUUGGUACGGUUUGCAGCUCCGAGAAGGACAUGCGGGUCAGCGUAUGUGGACACUGUUCUCGUGUUCUAGGCUUACGAUUCCGAGAAGUGGGAACGUCUGAUGUGUCGAACUUCUUGUCAGUUUGGGAGACCCUGCCGGAGGACGAACCUCCUGCUGUGCAUGGCAGUUUGACGCCCAGAGUCACCUCAACGCCACUAGGAGGCGGUAAACCGUUGUGGAGCUGGACGUUCCUGGAAAUUGAAACUCACUCUCGUUUCGAUCCCGAGCUACAGGCCUACGCCGCUGGCUAUCUUGAAGGCGUUUUAUCGCGGAAAGUACUGAAUUACCAUAUCCAGAAUACUGUCGAGGACUACUGUAAAAAUUUCACGCAGUACUGUAAUCGUAUGACAGAUUUUCUCGCCGAGAAUCAAAAAUACAUUAAAGAUAAACUUGUAGCAACUUCGAGAGACGAAACCUAUUGGGUUACGGUGAAUUAUACUUAUCAUCAAUUGACGGGUCUCAUCGAUGGAUACGAGAACAGGCCGAUUUCACCUAGAAUUUCAUUCGAAAUUCAUCCCAUCUUGCUGAUGAAUUGGAAUGGAGACUUUUACGAUCUUGAGAAAAAAUUGAACAAAACCAGAGAUCCUAUUAUCGACCAAGUAGGAGGACACUGUUCAGGACUAAUUAAGGUUGCACCUAACAACACCGAUCUUUUCAUUUCCCAAGUUACUAUGAGUGGUUUCCAGAACAUGCUUAGGGUACUCAAGCUUUACAAAUUCGGAUACGAUCGGAAGCUAUUCCCUGGCUAUGCUACGUCUAUGGCAUCGUAUCCUGGACUGUUGUACUCAUCUGAUGACUUUGCGUUGAUGUCUUCUGGACUGGCUGUAAUUGAGACAACGAUAAGCGUUUUUAAUGUCAGCCUUUUUAAUCAGACAAAGGCUGUAGGCCAGCUUCCAACGUGGAUUCGUGCUAUCGUUUCUAAUCAAAUGGCAAGGGAUGCACGGGAAUGGUGCAAACUUUACUCAAAAUUUAACUCGGGAACCUACAACAACCAGUGGGCUGUACUUAACUACAAUAAAUUCACUCCCUACGAAUCACUUCCUGAGUACGGACUAUUCUAUGUCCUGGAACAAAUGCCAGGCACGGUAGUCUAUGAAGAUUUAACCUGGUUCCUAAGAAAAUAUUCAUAUUUUCCUUCAUACAACAUCCCGUACUUCAAAAAAAUCACGGAUAUCAGCGGAUUCGUAGGGCAGGGUAAGAAGCUGGGUAAUUGGUUUGUAUGGGGAAAAUCUCCUCGUGCACGAAUAUUCGAGAGAGACCAUCACACAGUUAGAGAUCUCGACUCACUUACAAAGUUGAUGAGAUACAAUGAUUACAAAAACGACGAAUUCUCAAAAUGCGUUUGCAAUCCUCCGUAUUCGGCAGAAGCCGGUAUUUCUGCCCGUGGCGAUUUGAAUCCAGCCAACGGAACAUACGAAUUUCCUGGACAAGGACACGUUAAUCACGGUGCACUCGAUUACAAGGGUACUAACGUCAAUAUGAUGAAAAAAUUGGAGUUCCGCGCUCAAGGAGGUCCCACAUGGGGCAACGUACCACCGUUCAAAUGGAGUACCUUCGAUUUCAAGGACAAAGUGAAACACGUUGGCCACCCUGACGAAUGGAAAUUCGAUUGGAUUGAACACAAAUGGGAGACCGACAUACAUUCUUAG